UACGGUUUCGAGAAGACGCGCUCGCGGCGAGGUCAGUCCUGUGUGCUAAUACGUGAGUGAUACGUAGCAAAUUGUUGUCUUAAUUCAUUUUCAAAGAUACGCAUUAAAACGAAAUUUCACCCAUUCAGCUCGACAAGUCUGAAAUGUUACAGUUUAGGUGUUCACCUGUCCUGAAGGAGUUGUUUCACGUGAGCCUUAAGCGUCCGUUAGUCCAUAUCGCGAGACCCCACGCGCAGGCUUUCAGCACCGAUGGCCGCGUCAUCUCCAAAAUAAAGCCGUUUUUCGCCGCGGGAUCUCUCUCACACACUUCAGCAUGGACAAGAAGACUUUGUACAAAGACUGAAGGAGCGAUAGAACCCGGCGAGAAAGAUGGUACAGUCAAGGAAGCCGCCACGGACAAGAGAAGGAAGGCAGGGAUCAUGCCGAGUCUGGAGGAUCUGCUCUUCUACACCAUUGCCGAGGGUCAGGAGAAGAUUCCAGCCCACAAAUUUAUAACGGCGCUGAAGGCCACAGGUCUGAGAACAGGAGACCCCCGGCUGAAGGAGUGCAUGGAGAUGCUGAAGGUGACCCUGAAGUCCACGUCAGACGGAGUGAUGCUGGACCGCCACCUCUUUAAGAAAUGUGUCCAGAGCAACAUCGUGCUCCUCACCCAAGCUUUCCGCAAGAAGUUCGUCAUCCCUGAUUUCAAGACUUUCACCUCCCGCAUAGACGAGCUUUACGAGACUGGCAGGAACCUGUCCGGAGGUCAGGUUGCUGACUACAUUCCUCAACUCGCUAAGUUCAGCCCUGACCUGUGGGGCGUGGCUCUGUGCACGGUGGACGGUCAGAGACACACUGUGGGCGACACCAAGGUGCCGUUCUGUCUGCAGUCGUGUGUGAAGCCGCUGAAGUACGCCAUCGCGGUGCACGACCAUGGCACAGACUACGUGCACCGCCUCAUCGGCAAAGAGCCCAGCGGCUUACGCUUCAACAAGCUCUUUCUGAACGAGGACGAUAAACCCCAUAACCCGAUGGUGAACGCCGGAGCGAUUGUGUGUACCUCUCUGAUAAAGCAAAAGGCAGGCAAUGCGGAGAAGUUUGACUAUGUGAUGAACUUCCUGAAAAAGAUGGGGGGCAACGAGUACGUGGGUUUCAGCAACGCCACGUUCCAGUCUGAGCGUGAAUCAGGCGAUAGGAAUUUCGCCAUCGGCUAUUACCUGAAGGAGAAGAAGUGUUUUCCCGAAGGUACAGAUAUGACCUCCAUCCUGGACCUCUACUUCCAGCUGUGCUCCAUCGAGGUGACAUGUGAGAGCGCCAGCGUCAUGGCUGCAACCCUGGCCAACGGCGGCUUCUGUCCAAUCACGGGCGAGCGCGUGCUGAGUCCUGAGGCCGUCAGGAACACGCUGAGCCUCAUGCACUCCUGCGGCAUGUACGACUUCUCCGGACAGUUCGCCUUCCACGUGGGUUUGCCGGCUAAGUCGGGCGUGGCAGGUGGCAUCCUUCUGGUGGUUCCCAACGUGAUGGGUGUCAUGUGCUGGUCUCCUCCACUGGACAAACUGGGCAACAGCGUUCGAGGCAUCCAGUUCUGCCUGGAUCUGGUGUCUCUGUUCAACUUCCACAACUACGACAACCUGCGGCACUUUGCCAAGAAGCUGGACCCGCGGCGUGAGGGCGGCGAGCAGCGGGUGAGUGCGCUCUUUCGUUUGCCCGCCCACCUAUCCCUAGCCGCAUGCCCCAUCAACGCGCUACGCAGCGUCCUGUACGACAGCCCUACUAUGCGCCGAUGGAUUACGAGUGUCUUCAGCAAGAGCUGGCUCUCAAAGAUUCUCUGUGGAAAAAAGUCUCGCCCACCGAGUCCAACGAAGACUCUUCCACGACUGUGAUCUAUAGGAUGGAUCAAGUCGGAGAGCACAACUAAACACGCCUGCGCUUCGGCUGGAGUAAAGGGCUGUACGCCACGUAUUUACGCCGCACUGUGUUUAUUUGAUUUUAUUUUACGGUGUCUUGGUUUGGAACUUUGCAGCUUUUUUUUUUUGGUGUGUUUUUGUUCUUCUUCCUCUGUCUCAGGCAGACGCUUACACACCCAGAUUUUUAUCUUUUCUGUUUCUGAAUGAAUACGAAACCAAAGAGACGGACCUGAACCCAAGCUGGAGGUUAAAGAGGGAAGUGCUUGGUCAGGUUCAGAUGCAGGGAAAGGUGUCACAACGCUGAUCGCUCAGUCUUCUCUGCAGCACGGUGUUGGCAGACGUUAUGAGCUUUCCACACACACACACACACACACACACACACACACACACACGCACGCACGCACGCACGAUGUAUUGAUCAGGUGAUGUCACGGAGGUCACGCAGGCCUGCUCGCUUGCUCGCAUGACCCCCAGCGGUGCCUGUACAGGCUCUUUAAUCGGCUCGACACGUUUCAGCUCCACUCGUUCACUUGAGGAUCGUUCAAAAGACCUCGGCAUGAUGAACGCGGACACGACGAAAUGAGCUUCGCGACCCCUUGUACUCUCACGUUGACCUCCAGUCCUGCAGGUGGCGCUGUUACAAAUAUUACAACAGUUUCCAUUCGAAUGCGAAAGUCGUGCCUUUGUUUGUAAAGACCAAUCACAGACUCGGCCGCGUGCUGUGUUCCUCCAUUGAGUUUUAUCCACGGCGAGCGAAACCUCCGCACGGCAUCCAUUUACUUCUCUGUUACAUCAAAUUAUUCGCCAAACGUUGCCUCAACAGGAAGUUUGUUCAGCUUCCUCAAAAAGUCUUUCAUUUUGUAGCUUUUUUUUUUUUAAAUGUAGUGGCUUAGCUGCAACUACAUUAAAAAAGGAUUACCCACCGACCCCGCCCUCUAGUUCUCCACUGAUUGAGUUUAGUAGUCGUUUCAGAUUGGGGGCGGAGCUUAGUUUACGCAUGGUAAAAUGUCAAAGCCUAAAUGACUAAAGCCUGAAUGAGCCAGAUUGCAGUCCGAUCACAAGGCAAGGAAUCGUGGGUAUUUGUCAGAAAACACUUGAUACGGAAUGAAAACAUAACGUUCAGAGUAAAACAUUGUAGAAUUUAAAAACAAACAGUACUGACUGUACCGUGAAAAUGUACUGUGCUUAUUUAAAAUGAAAUAAAUAUUAAUAUAUAUGAACUAUUAACAAAUAUUAAAGAAAAUAAAUGAUCUACACCCAAACUGAACACACUCCAAAUAACAAAAAUAGAGACAUCCGAAACGAAUCAAAAAUGCUUCAAAUAACACGAAAAAAUGAGUCCGCGAGGGUUUUUAUCUCGCCUCUAGAGGCCGCUCUUGAACCGUAUAACGACAGCGGAGUCUUCUCAGACGCUCUCGCGAAGGACGCAACUUGGAAGAACUAUCGGUGUUUGUUGUAGGUGUAUUUUAUGGGCGGAGCUAACUAACCCGCUUAAGUGUAUACGAAAUAUACGGAGAAACGUCGGUAAAUCUGCGUAUCUCGUACUGGCUGACGCAUCGACACGUCGGAGUACGUUCCUUUACAUAUUAACCUUUUUUUAAAAAAUGAAUAACGGGGUGUCAUUUUUUACACAUCGCCUCGCUUCCCAGUGUGUUGUGUAUUAUUAACACAGCAGCGUCGAUCCCAGACCUCAUGCUGCUUCGUGUUCUUCACCGUUCCACAGCUUUUCUCUUCCGUCGCACCUUCACGCGUUGGGUCUAAAGCCCCGAUCAGGAAGCGCGAAAACAACACGGUGUCUGAGUAUAACGAACACGUGUUAUGUAGCUUUUAACGUUAUUCGACAGCCCCAGUUCUGGGUUUUUUGUUUUUGUUUUUUUUAAACAUUAUUCCAUGAAGGAUGGAUUUCGCAAUUCCUGAUCGAGCCUUUUGACCGUGGAUUAUUUCUCACGCAAGAAAAAUUAGCCUCACAGGUUAAAUCUUUUGUCGCUGUCUUGCAGCAGUAAUGAAACGUACGACAGCCACAAGGGGGCGAUGUCUGUUACUUUUUGUUUAUUUUUUCUUUCCGUGUGUGUGUGUGUGUGUGUGUGUGUGUGUGUGUGUGUGUGUGUGUGUUUAUGUUCAUGUUCACGAAUGUAUAAUAUUGUUUCAGUCUCAUUUUUCCAUGCUGACUAUGUCGUUAACCCACCUCACUGCUUUUUUUCAUUAUUUAAUGUUUGUAUCUGUGUAUACUGAACUGGAUUGUGUGUGUGUGUGGGAUUUUUGUGUUUUUAUGGGGGCAGAAUACAGUGAUUACUUGAACAUGGGAAAGUGAUCCCGUUCUCUAUGUUACUAACGUGACUACUCCAGUCAUGCUGCUCAUCUGUUGGUGCACAAAAGACGUAUAUAAUAUAUAUAUUUAUAGAAACAUAAACAUGCUUUCCUCACAGAAUUAAUACUCAAGUAUGUCAUGGAUGCUCUCUCUCACUGGCAGUAUUGCGCUCUCUCUGGCUGUUCACUUUCAUUUGCUGGCUGUUCAUUUAGUCUUAUUUUAUUUGAAUAAACUUGUGUAAACCCA